GCUAGGAGGGGGGUGAAGGGGAAGACACCAUCACAUCACCGUAAACAUCGUCUGGGAACGCCGGGCCGCUCACCUUCCACAGAUUGUCCACUAUUACGCCUUCAAAAUGUUUUCCUUUGAUUUUCUAGAUGAUUUGAGACGAAUGAACAUACGUCAGCUCUUCUACCAAGUGCUGAACUUUGCUAUGAUAGUUUCAUCAGCGCUUAUGAUUUGGAAGGGAUUGAUGGUUGUGACAGGCAGUGAAAGUCCCAUCGUAGUGGUACUCAGUGGGAGCAUGGAGCCAGCAUUUCAUCGUGGUGACCUCCUUUUCCUCACUAACUAUGACCAUGAACCCAUCCGUGCUGGAGAGAUUGUCGUCUUCAAGGUUGAAGGACGAGAUAUUCCAAUUGUUCACCGUGUCAUGAAGGUCCAUGAGAAAGAGGAUGGAACUGUGAAGUUCUUAACAAAGGGUGACAACAAUAAUGUAGACGACCGUGGCCUGUAUGCUAAUGGACAAGCAUGGUUAAAUCGGAAAGAUGUUGUGGGACGAGCGCGGGGAUAUGUGCCAUUCAUCGGCAUAGUUACCAUCAUCAUGAAUGAUUAUCCAAAGUUUAAGUAUGCUGUAUUAGCUGGUUUAGGUGUAUUUGUACUUAUACAUCGAGAGUGAAGAUGGUGACAAAUCUUGCAAUGCAAAGAUGAUUAAAAGGUUUCAUUGGAAAAAUAUCAUUAGCAUCAUAUUCAGAUGGCAGAUGUAUUUGUAAAGACCUAAGGUGUGAUUUGAGAUGGAAAAGCACUUGUUUAAUAAAAAUUGGAGUGGGAUCUGCAGAAUUUAGUUUUGACUUCCUAGAAAAAUGUAUUUGUCAGUUGCUGUGGCAGGACAGAUGCUUGAAAUAAUAUAUAAUAAUGUAUAUGUAUUUUGUGAUUUUUUAUUAAAUUACAGCCAAACAAAGAAGUGAGCAGUGAUGGCUUAGCAGAUGUACUAAAGCAUAAAGCUAUAAAUAAUGACAACUGAUAUGAGAGUCAUUGUGUACAGAGUGCAAAAUAGAUACAUGCCCCUAAAGCAUGAUGUCUUUAUGUAAGUUUGCCUAUGCAUGCAUGCAUUCUUGUGUGCGUGGGGGGGGGAGGGGGGUAUGUAAAUGUGGAUGACAAUAUUUGAAUGCUUCACAUGUGACUGAUUGUUAAUAUAUAUUUACAUCUGCAUAGGCAUGCAUGCAUGUUUGUAUACAUGUCCAUUCUCUCACUCCCUCAUAUUUACAGACCUUAGCAAGAUGUAUUGGUUUCAAUAAAGAAUUAAUAAUGUGAUGGCAUCUUCCCCCCUAAAAAAUGGAAAUCACCUAACUUGGCACAAUUGGUAUCAGACCAAGAGUACCAUUUCAGACAUUUACCCAGGUUGAAUAUUAAAUUGUCCCAUACUACUAAAAUUCGGUAUGAAAUUUGAUUUACAUUUCUAAAAUUUGACAAGUGUAAUCAUAGUUUCUGCAUCACAGUGUAUUGUAAAGGCAAAAUUUAAUUGCAUAAAAUGUUGCCACAGUAGAUGACUUCGCCUCAUAUUUUUUGUAUUGUUAUGAACUAAUUUUUUAAGUUUGGAAUUUUGAAUUGUUGCUUGUGUAACUUCAUUUCUGUAGUUAUAAGGAAAUCAAAAGUAAAAGGUGUCCUUUAUCAAUGAAUUCUGAUGCUCAGGUGAUUUGGUAUAAUUUUAAGGAGUAAUUUACAUACACAUGAAUUUGAGGUGAUGGUGUUUUUUAAAUAUUGUGCAUUUGGGGUAUUACAUUAAAUGGUACUGUCUGAUGUUAUGAAAAAAUCCAAUUUUAUAAUUUGGAAGUUAGUGAUCCAUGAUUUCCAUGGCAAUUAGAAAAUAUUACUUUAAGCAGCAUACAAGCAGACUUCUUCCCAAUCCAUGACAGUUUUUAAAUAGUGAACUUUUCAUAUUUGUCUAAUUACUCUUAGAGUGUGAUAGUGACAAUCCCAGUUUCCAACCAUUUCAAGAUUGAAUUAUAAAUUGAAUUGAUUGUAAAAGCAUUCAGAUGUAUUUGUUUAUCCAUAAAUACCUCCUAAUACUGGUUCACUAAAUAAGACAAUAUUGUACAGGUACACAGUGAAUUAAAUUGUACAGAACAGAAUAAGUGUACUUACCAAGGAGUCCAAAUGUUCCUCCACAGGAAAUUUAGAAUGUGUAGUCAAGUAUGGAGGUGGAAAUUUGGGGUUAAGCCCAAGAUGCCGAGGGUCCAUUUCCAGCUCUACCUGCCUAUUAAAUGUUUUGAUAUUUUGAACACACCUUUAAUCCUUGAAAAUUAUAAACUAAAGAGUUAUCAUUCUGGAUACUGGAGUAUAAGCUCUUCUUUCUGAACUUCAAAAUACUGUAGCUUCCAAGUGCUUGUUCAUUUCUUGUCUGCCUCUUAUCACUCAACCUCGUCAACUUUCCGCUUCUGCAGUAGUUUUGCAUCACUUACUUUGAACAUAAUAGUCAAAGAAAGAUCUUAUCAUUAGCCUUCAAAUUGUAAAAAAUAAUUGUGCACACAACACGCUUCAAAUUUCAACAUGUUUCUCCUUAGUUUACUGUUUGAAUUAAUACCAGAAACAUUGCCCACAUUCUUUUAAAACAUGGUGGCAGGAUAUGUAUUUUUAUUUUGAAUAAAAUUAAAUUGUGUAAGGGGAUGCAAUUUUUAAUGGCCAUGGCAGAUUCAAAAACAAUAAAGGAUCAGACAAAAAUUAGGUGGCUGACCAAGUUGAACCACAUUUAAAUAGGCGAAGGUUGGAAAUUGGGAUGGACACCCGAGUUUUUCAAAUAACAUAAUUUAUACAAAGGAUUUUAUUAGGGGUAAGUACAGUAAUCUAUAGGUAUUUAAAAUGAUUAGUCUUUCAAUAAAAGAUGUACAGGCCAAUGAGAUAGUCUUGUUGAGUAGUGGAAGAGAAGCAUUUAUGAAUUACUUACUUCACCUUAGUCCUACUGUACUGUAUGUUGCAUAAAUGUUGACUAAUGGAAGCAUUUAUGUAAUUUUAUUUAUUUCAUAAUGGAAAUUUGUGAUUAUGAAAGUAGGUGGAACAUCAUAGCUCUAUAGUGAAGUCUUAUUCCUCAAAAUGCAAGUUGGAUGCCAUGAAUAGGCUUGAUUGGAGGAAAGCAAUUGGUUUUUAAUCUGUAAACAUUGGUCAUUCCUAAAUUUAAAAUACCAUCUUACAGCACUAAAUAACAAAAAAAUGGCCAAUUUUCUUUACACUCAAAAGUUGCAAUGGUGAUAGGAAGCAUGCUGUCUUGAGAGGCACAAGUAUAUUCUUGGCUUUCAUUGGAUCUCAAACUUUCCUCAAGUGUAUGCAGGUCAUAAUUAGCAUUGUUAUUUGUAAUAUAUAUAUAUACAUAAUAUAUAUUUUUUGCAGUAUGCUGGAGGUGUUUUCAUGCUGAUUAACCAGCAAGUCCUUUCAGAGCAGUAACAUAGGUGCAGUACAUACUACAUUAAAAAAAUAGUGAACACUGUAUUCUGUAUAUACAUAUAAAAUCUACAUUUCAUACCCAUAUUGUAACUUCGUGAACUGUUGUGAAUUUCUAAGUGAAUAUCUACUGGUUAUUCAUCUAUUCUACAUAGGGUAUUCUUUAUAGAUUAAGUUAUUAGUCUCUAUUUCAUACUUUUGUAAGUUUCCUCAGUGUUAAUGAUUUUGUAAAAUAAAUAUAUACAUCUUGCUCUAGUUGUAUGUAUUAUUAAUGUAAAUUUUGGCAAAUACAUUUGAACUAUAUAUGUUGUUAUUGGAGCACGUACUGUAUUUGUAAAUUGAUUAUGCCUUUAAUUAUUGCAUUGGAAUUCUAGUUGAAGAUAAAAUAGCAGAAAACAUUUUGAAACUUACUGCCAAGGUUAAAAGGCAUAUUUAUUUAAUUGUUGAAUUAAGAAUCACCAGAAGAGUGGUGCUGAUAAAAUGACAGUAUGAGACAUUAUUUGCUGCCACAUUUGUUUAAGAUAGUUGUUCAGUUUAUAGCUGGGCCCAGAAUGGAAGACUUGUACAUAUUGCUCACAAAGCUUAAAUCCCUUAUUAGUGGCUAACUUCAGCAAUCAGGUGCUCUAUCCUCAUGGGACUCAAACCUGUAUUAAUGUGGUCGUGGUGUAGGCUGGGCUGCAAUAUUAUACCAGAUUGCAUAAAGUACUUUAAAAUAAAAUUGUUCCCCCCCAUUGAAAUUAUAUAACGCAAAUUUUAAAUGAACGGCAAAAUUUUGAUAGAAUCACUUGAAACGUUUGUAAUAAUGUGACAUAAUUUUGAUGACCAGUAUCUUUUAUACUAAGUGCAUAACACAGUAUUACACUUCUUUAGGAUUUCAUCUUUUUGAUAUGGAAUGAUGGUACACUUUAGGAUCAUUUAUAUAUGUGACUCGUCCACAAAAAUCUCGAGCCUUAGAGAGGUGUUCUAAGUUUUGUUUUCUCAUUUAUUUGGCUGGGAAAACAGUUCUUACAGAAACCUUACAGUAAUUCUUGUAAUAGCCUAUACAUUUUAGUCUUUGAAUUGCUAGAUGUAUUGUUGUCAAUGGGAAGUGAAAGCAUGCAGAGGUUAAGGGAAUGCUGUCAUGUGUGGAUAAAAUAUUUUUUAAAGCCUGUGAGUUUUCUUGGCGAGAUGGGUGAUGAGCAGCAUUUUCUUACUCUUGAUUGCCUGUUGUUGCUUUGUGUCUGUACAACCAGUGUGUGACAUCUUCAUUCCAUCAUUUGAAUAAGAAUUUUAUAAAA